UUAAGCAGCUUCUCGUGAGUGCCCGACUGGCCGGCAAAGCUCAAAGCGCGUUGAGGAGAAACCAUACUGAAUGAACAAACCACGCACCCAGAGAAAUAGACAGAAAGGUGUGAUCAGCUACGCGUCUGAGUAUGCGUGCAGGUUCGCCCGCCGAUGCUCUCACCUGGUGCAGGCGGCCCGGGGUCCUGGGUGGUUGUGACGUUGUGGGGUGGGGGAGGGCUGUAGGUUGAAACUCUUGUGCAUAGCGACCACGACCUGAACGAAUAACCAUGGACAAAAAGAGGGGCAACACCGUGACGGUGCUCGUUUCCUGUCAGUGUGUGUGUGUGGCUUGGUGCUCCUGUUCAUCACCUCUUCCAGCAGCAGCAGCAGCAGCAGAAGCAGCAAGGGGAGCAGCAGGAGCCAUAGACACGCCACGGCAGGCCACGUCCGGCCUGGCCCGACUCCUGAAAGGGAUAUCCGUUAAUGUGGGGCGUGGUGUGUUGUUCCUUGUGUCUGUCUGCCUGCUGGGCUUCAUGUGUGGGUGCAUACCGUGAGCUGCUGCACAU